UGGAGAAAAGCAAGAGAGAGAGAAUGGAGGCUGUAACUGUGUUUGGCGGAGGAAGACCGUGCCUUUCUUCCUCAUCUAUUCGGAGCUCCCAACCUGAGAGAACUUGCAGCUUAUCCUGCUCCCACAAACCUAUCAUACGCACCCAAUACCGCCAUUUAGCUGCAUUUUCUUCUAAUUCACAUCUCUUCUCUAAUAUCUCAUCACGUAAAACCCUUACCAAACCCCAUAUUUUCCUUCCUCACUUGGUUGCUUCCUUGGAAAAUGUUGAGGAGUCUUACAUAAUGAUAAAACCAGAUGGAGUUCAACGUGGCCUUGUUGGAGAGAUAAUUUCAAGGUUUGAAAAGAAGGGGUUUAAAUUGAUAGGACUAAAGCUCUUCCAGUGCCCCAAAGAAUUAGCCGAGGAGCAUUAUAAGGAUCUCAGUGCUAAGCCAUUCUUCCCGACACUGAUUGACUAUAUUACAUCAGGUCCAGUUGUGUGUAUGGCAUGGGAGGGUGUUGGCGUUGUGGCUUCAGCUCGUAAGUUAAUAGGGUCUACAAAUCCUCUCCAAGCAGAACCUGGAACUAUAAGAGGGGAUCUUGCUGUGCAAACUGGAAGGAAUGUGGUUCAUGGGAGUGACAGCCCUGAAAAUGGCAAGCGUGAAAUAGCUCUCUGGUUUAACGAGGGUGAAGUGAUUCAGUGGACAUCAACUCUGGCCCCAUGGCUAAGGGAGUGAUCCUUCAUCGAAGAUCAAACUGAGGCCUGUAAUUUUGGAGGUUAUUUUGUUCACCUAGGGUACUCAAUCCAUUUUCGCAAAUUCAAUAUUUUACAUGUCUGUUGAGUUUGUUUAUCGGAUAAUAAUUGAUGGUGUUGAUUCCUUUCAAUUUGACUGUAAAACUGUAAGAGAAAAAAAUGAUACUCACAUCUUUCGCAAUAAGAAAGGGAAAGUGAUAAUUAAAUCUGAUAAUAAGUUGUUUUGUUUGUCUAGUGCUUUCUCUAUAAAGUAAAUGACAUUUGACCAGAACUUUGUUCAUCAACAGGUUUAUUAGAGCAUAAUCUUUAAGCUUGAAUUGGAGGGUUGUAUUGUAUUAAACAUAAUCAUGCAAGUACUUAAUGCAAUUUGAAUUUGUUGA